AAGCCGCAGGCCUGCACCGAGACGGCGGGUCGCGACUCCUGGUAGCUCCGGAUGGCCUCGCCCUCCCGCUCCAUCCCCCACAUCAAGGCACGGGUCACUCUGCUCUGCCCCUCGCCUGUCAAUCACAGUCAGAUCACCACACCUGAGCCGGGAGGGGAUGGUGGGCGGGGCUAGCCUCACCUGUGACGGCGGCCAGGUAGCUGGCGGGCGGCGCCUCGCGGCUCCCCUUGACGAAGCCGCAGUGAGCGAUGCUGUGAGCGACUGAUGCCGUGAUCCGGUUCCUCCGCCAGGAAAACCAGGCUGGGUUGCUUCUCUGGCCGCGGGUCAGAAGCUCCACGCGCUCCGCCUCGCGCCGGUCCAUCUUUGGACCCAGCAGAAGCGGCGCCAGGCCCGGAUCUGGCGAAGAACUGGGCCAAGUGUUCAGACCUGCGACAGACUGCUGCAGUUUGUUUUUUUUCACAUUUCCACGGCCUCGGUUCCGCCGACUUCAGGAAAGGUCUGGGUCCUGACCCGGAUCAUUUCAGCCACUGCGCUGGGAUACUCACCGUCAAGGUCUCCAGAGUCGGAGGCGCAGCCAAGUGAAGACGAGCAGGUGGUUCCGACCUCUGAGCGCACCGGGUCAGAGCUGCGGCGGGGUCGGUGUUGCGCUGGUACCGCCUGGCGCUCGCGACUGGCCUCGGCUGCUGGACCUGGCAUCAGGAUGGAGGGGUGGUACCGGACCUCGGGCAGCAUCCGCGGCGGGGUCGGGUUCAUCCCGCCUGACCCACAGAACCACACAGGUCAGAAGGAGCGCGACAAGGCCGCUCCAUUGUCAGAAGGACCAGCACCUGGACCGGGACAAGAGGACGACCUCGGACGGUCCGGCAUCAGGAUGGAGGGGUGGUACCGGACCAGCUGGGGGGUCGGGCUCGCCAUGUGGACGCCCUGUCAAUCGUUGAAGAAGCCCGGACGGGCUCGUGAGACACCACAACCUCGCUGCCUGUGCGCGCAGCUCCUGGCUUUUGUUUUGAAAGACUCGCGAGCGGAAGUUUCUUCUUUCUCUAUUUCGAGACCAUCGCCAUAAACGGAGUCGCUCCGUGACGCGAGAGCCGUCCUCGCAGACGGUACCGGGACCUGCACGGUACGGCACGGAGGCAGGGACUCCCGCGCUCCGGAGGGAACUGCGCGAACCGCCUUCACGGCCCCGGAAGUGGGAGCUCAGGUUCGUGUCGCCUGACGUCCUCUCAAACGCCGCCGAGGCCCCGGGCGGACCACUGGCCGCGGAGGCCAGCGACAAGGGCGACCCGUCCGUAGCGUGAACUCUCUCAAGAAAGAGGUUCAAGAGGCUCUUAUUGUGAAAAGAGCUGCAACUGGUGUCUUCCGCUGUCCGUCUGCCGUCCGACCGAACUACACGAGUGCAGUCAAAGAAACACGUUUCUGUCCGCUUCCGUUUCUCAUCGUCGCCAUCACCGUGAUACCGGACGGAACCACCUUCCACUGACGGCACCGGGACCCGAGGAGCGGCCCGAAGACUUACCGUCCGACACCGGCUCAGCUUUCGGUUCUGUUUCCGAGGAGGGUCACGUGACGUCCCGUGCUUGUCUGCAGGAGGAGCGCCAGGGGGCGCCAGUCCCGCGGUCAUGUCCGUGUCCCAGAUCGGCUCCGGCCUCUACCUGUCGGACCUGGACGCGGCCCUGAACUGCAGCGUGCUGCGCAGCCGCCGGGUGACGCUCAUCGUCAACUGCAGCGGGCGGGAGGACCUGCGCUACCCGCCGCUGGACGGGCUGCGGGUGCUGCACGUGCCCGUGCCGGACCGGCCGCACGCCCCACUGGACCGGUACUUCCAGCUGGUGUCGGACGAGAUUCUUCAGAACGGCAGCGGGUCCACGCUGGUGCACUGCAGCGCCGGCAGGAGUCGCUCUGCCGCCGUGGUCAUGGCCCACCUGAUGAGGUGUGAAGGCCUCAGCCUCAGUCAGUCGCACCGGCGCCUCCUGGAACGGCGGCCCUUCGUGCGGCCCAACGUGGGCUUCUGGAGGCAGCUGAUGGCCCUGGAGCAGAGCCUGUUUGGCUCCGCCUCGGUUCAGAUGAGCGCCACGCCUGCGGGCGUCCUGCCCGUGCUCCAGGACGCGCCGCCGCGCGAGUGCUGCGUCAACAUGUGAGACAGGAAGUGAGGUCAUCAGAAGGCGGGCUUUUAUUACACAGGACAGAUGGGAGGUGGGCGGGGCUCCGGCCUCAGUACUGGAAGCUCCUUUUGGUCUGGAUGUCGUCCAGGAUCUGCUGAAGCUCCUCGUCCUCGAAGCGACCCUCCAGACUGAGAGAACCACUGUCAAAGUCUGCAGGGAACCCAGGACCCAGGACGGGUCCACCCACCUGGGGAUCAGCGCUUUGGCCUCCUCGGCGGCUUCCGGACACAAGUUGGCCAAACUGGCCAGCUCGAACUUGUGGAGCUUCUUCUGCAGCAGCAGGCUGAGGAGGAGAGAGUGGAGGGUCAGAGGCGGGGCCCAGGCGCGUCAGAGAGAGUGGUCUCCGACAGAGGGAGGGUCUGGGGGGGAGGAGCUAGGGAGUGUGGGACUCCUGAUAUUUUACUGAUGACCAUUUUCAUCCAGGUAUCUGCUACUGAAUAAACUGCUUCACCAUGCUUUGUCUCAUGAGAGGCUGAGGCUGAGGUCACCUGACUGUGCUCCAGCAUGAGAGGAGUGUGUGUGAUCAGGACAGUGUGGGACAGACGCCUGGACGGAAGAGUAGUGAAGAACCAGAAGCGCUCCACACUGGAGCCUGAGUUUGUGGGGACCAACGUCUACCUUCCCCCAAGUGAAGGAAGGAGGAAGCUCAGGAACCUCUGGGACAGUGGUGGGUGAGGAGGAGGAGGAGGAGUGAUGGAGCCAGCCAAUCAGAGGAGAGGAGCGCAUCCUCUGCUCACAGCUCCUCACCCAGGAAAUGAGGAUUCAUCUACGUCGCUCCGAACCAAGGGGAGUCGACACCGGAUCAGGAAUGUGGCGCCAUGGCAACGGGGAGCCCCAGAUGAAGUGAAGUGUGUCAUGAAAGAGUCCGAGCCAGAGAUGGUCUUGGUCUCAGUCUCCACCACUGGAGCUGAGGCUGUGAAGCCAGAGCUCCGGCAGGGUCACUACACUCCUCUGGCAGGGAAGACUUUCUUUCUCAUUUGAACUGCUGGGUUUUUGGUCCACACGCUUGCGAGCAAACAAACAUGUGGGAGAUACAUUAGAGGUGUAUAAUCCUACA